AUGACUUCUUCAGAAGACCUCUAUGCAAUCUCCGCUGACUGGCUCAGAAGCCUAGAAGUUGCAUCAUCUACCGGAGAUUCUAAGUCAUUUGUAAGCCAUUUCCUCUCGGACGGGUGGUUGAGAGAUCUUCUAUGUUUCUCUUGGGAUUUUAGGACGCUAUCAGGUUCGGAAAAAAUACACGGAUUCCUCUCGGAGGUGGUUAAUGGAAAGCCGCGACUUGAGCAUUCUGGUCUUCGUGACUUCAAGAUAGACGAUCACACUGCCAAUGCGCCUUCACCAUUCAAACUGCCAGGUCCACAAGACAUUGAAGGAGUGCAAGGUGCUUUCACAUUUACCAUUGCGAAACCGGCUGCACUCGGACGAGGUUUCUUCCGUCUGACACAAGAUGCAAAUGGGAAGUGGAAGGCUUUAACUCUUUUCACAAACAUGCAGGACCUCGUCGGGCAUGAGGAGUCUUCUGCAGAUCAACACGGCCUGUAUGAAGAUAAUACCUGGGAGGAGGAUGUUGCGGCAAAAUCUCGUGCUAUAGAGGCGGACCCCACUGUUUUGAUUGUUGGUGGUGGGCAAGCUGGCCUUACGUCUGCAGCGAGGCUGCGUAGGUUAGGCAUCCGUGCGCUUGUGAUCGAAAAAAAUGCGCGUGUUGGAGACUCCUGGCGACAACGAUACCCGAGCCUUAAGCUGCAUACUCCUACAUAUCAAAGCUCCAUGCUUUACAGUCCCUAUCCGACAAACUUCCCGAACUACAUUUCUAAGGGGAAACUUGCUAAUUUCAUAGAUUCGUACGCUGUGAAUCAGGAAUUGUGUAUCUGGCACUCGAGUAGCCUAGUCUCAAAUCCAGUGUACGACUCAUCAUCCGCAAGAUGGACUGUGGAAGUCCAGCGCGGAGACCAGAAAGUAUUCGUUAACCCGAAGUACCUGGUACUUGCUACAGGAAGCGGGAGUCCUUACACUCCUACUUGGAAUGGAAUGGAUGAAUUUCAAGGAGCCUUGUAUCAUUCCGACUUUCAUAAAGACGCAGAGCAAUUCAGAGGCAAACGCGUUGUCGUUGUGGGUGCAGGUAAUGCCGGUGCAGAUAUAUGCCAAGAUUUUGUGGCGCAUGGCGCUACUGAGAAAGGAAAGGUAACAAUGGUCCAAAGAAGCGCUACAUGCGUGAUAACUUCAAAUACCGCAGAGAAAACCCACUUCAAGUUGCCUUUACCUGACAGCGCCCCUAUCGAGGAAGUGGAUUUCCACAAUAAUUCAAUGCCUCUGGCCUUGCUCCUGCAACUGAACAUCGCAGGUUGGACACAACACACGAAGAUGCUCGAUAAGGAAUUCCACGACGGUUUGCGCAAGGCUGGAUUCAACUUAACUUGGGAACUUUCGCCCGGCAGUGGCGAGGUUGGGCUGGACGGAUUUUUAUUCACCCGCCAGGCGUCAGGAACCAUGAUCGAUAUCGGGUGUGGUAAGCUAAUCAUCGAAGGCAAAGUCAAGAUAAAGCAAGGCCAAGAAAUCAGUCACUUCGAUAAAGAUGGAAUCACGUUUAAAGACGGCUCCAAGCUUUCAGCAGAUGUUAUCGUCAUUGCUACAGGAAAUGAACCCAUCAUGAAGACUGCGAGAGCUCUUCUUGGCAAUGAGAUCACCGAUCAACUUCUUCCGCAGGAGGUAAUGGGCCUUGACUCAGAGGGAGAAGUUAAUCAGACAUAUCGACCCUCUGGACAUCCGGGACUUUGGUUUGCCUCCGGUGGAUUUGUAUUCUCACGUUUCUUCAGUAAACGCCUGGGUCUCCAGAUCUUGGCAAGAGAGCUCGGUAUAGCACGACAAAAGGGGUGUCGCUGUUGCACAUGA